AUGGGCGCCGGUAGCUCCAAGCCUGACGCUUCGGCAGGCUCGAAACAUGUUUUUUCGAGUGGUAGCCCCGUCGAGUUCUCCUCCAAACUUGUCGACUCCCUUCAAACCAGCACCGAGACGGAUUCCUCCCGCUCAAAGAGUAUCGAACUUCAGAUUCAAGCCCGCGUAGCCCAAGAGCUCGAACGUCUCCGCGCACGCGAGCAGCAAACCCUUGCCGAGCUUGAAAAGCGCAUUGCGGAAUCCAAAGAUAAUGCACCUUCAUCGUCCUCUCCCACACCAAAUGUCAGCUACCCCCCUGGCUCGCUGAACCUGGACGCUCCCCGGAUCCCCUUUGCGGGCCGCGAAUACACCCCUGCCCCUGUUGUUGAUGCGCAGCCCAUCAACCGUGAUGUGUCUCGUGAAUCAGUGAACACCGAAAUCGAGGAACUGCGGGCUAAGCUUGAAGGUCGGAGGAAGUUGGUUGAGAUUGAUGAGAGCGUUGAGAAGGCCAAGGCGAAUGUUGUGAGCUGCUUGCGCUUGAAUGACCGACGGCCCUUGGAUUGCUGGCAGGAGGUUGAUGCGUUUAAGAGGGAGGUCGCUAAGCUUGAGGAGUCGUUCGUAGACCGAGUUGUUGGUUAG